UCGUAAGUGAACUGAGUGUGAGUGUCAGUGAGUGAAUGUAGGUACAUAAAAUCUAGCCCGAGCACGUUUUGAAUUUAAGUACCUUUAUUACAAGUACCUAGGUACCUAUUUUAUGAAAUAUUGAGUAAAGUUUACGUUAGUUAUAAUGGCUAAAUUACAUAAUUAUUAUGUAUUGUGCCCUAUAAUAGACCAAAAAAGUUUUCUUGGAGUGUCUUUAGAUAAAGAAACAGAGUAUGUUAUUGUUACGUUGGGGCGAAAUGUUGUAAAUAAAUAUAGGCUUUCAGAUCAAAAACAAGUAGGCGGAUGGACUUCAAAGGAUCAUAUCACAGCUCCAGUGGUUUACGAUUUUGAACAAGAUAAUUAUGUUGGGGUCUUCAACAAAAAUAUUAUAAAGAUGUGGAAAGAAAAUACUGAAAAUUUGGAUAAAAUUAAGAAGUUUAAGUUUUCACUGGAUAUCUUAAAGAUAAUAACAAGAAACUCACAGUCACCUCUUCUAAUAUUCUGCAAUGGCAACUGUGCAUCAUUACCAUAUGCCAUAGAAAAUCGUAAGACUUAUGAAUGCAAACCCUUAAUUAAAGACAAUGAAGAAGUUAUAGAUGCAGGGUGUUAUACUCUGGGUAAAGCAGAUCAUGUGUGUUAUGUGGUGAAAGAGGGAACUGAUAGUUAUGAGAUUAUCAACUGUCCCAUCAGAGAUGAACUUGGAGAUCUGGACAAAUCAAAACUCAGCAGGGUGAAAGUAAAAAGAACGGAAGAUGUUUAUGUAGUUGGAGGAUUAGUCAGCACUUCAGAAAAGCCUUCUGUGUUUUUCUUAUGGUCAGAUUCAAAAUUGGUAGUUUACGAUUUGAUGAAGAAAUGUUGGAAGAUUGUUGGAGCUGUCCCAUGGGUGUCAACUUUAAGAGCAGUCUCGCUUGCUUGGAUGGGCAAGAAUCAUGUGAUCCUAUUUGGCAAUAACUCUGAGCAAGACGGAGCUGUCAUGGUUGUAUACAACACUGUGCUCGGCAUUGGUUCCUGCAGAUAUCCCAUGAAGAUGUACUCUGAGGGUGCAAAACUAUUCUGCAUGAAUGGACAUAUCAUUCAGGAAGCUUCAAACCAUAUUGGUAUGUUGCCUUAUGUUCUGGAAACAAAAAGAAACUUGGCAAACCUGUUAGGGUCCCAUGAAGUAACCAGAGGUGAACAAAUGAAGAUUGCUGAGUGGGGCUCGUCCAUACCAAAUAUUCAGACCUGCAAAGAAAUAAAAGAAUUCUUACAUCCAGGAAUAGCAGAGAGGGCUAUCUGUUCAAUUGUGAUUCCCAAAUUACUGGAAGAAAAUUAUAAAGUCAAUAAUAUACUUUCACUUUUGAAGUCUUUAAAGGACAUUCCCGAAUCUGUUUUAGUUAUGCUACUCAAUUAUGCUGUAAAGCAGAUUAACCCUGGAGAUCUAAAUGUGUCAGAUGAGGAAGAGUGUGCCAAAUUUUUCACCACAUUGGAGCAGCCAAAGAUUUUCAUGAAUCAGAUAUUAAAAGUAGAUUUUAGUGAUGCUCUACUCAUUCCUUACCUGCGAGAGGGAUUGUCAUUAAAUAAUACACUAUUACUUAUGAGCUACAUCACUUACUUAUUAGUAAAUUCAGAUGAACACUUGGAUGGAGCAUUUGAGAGCAAAUUAUUUGAUUGGUGUAACCUUUUCAUGGAUGCAUUCUACCAACAGUUUUUGAUGACAAAAGAUGAAAAAGUUGCGAAGGUAUUGGAGAAUAUGAUGAGUGUAUGCCAGCAGCUUACAGACAAGCUGGUGGCUGUAGACGAGUUACUGCCAGUCUUACUCAAGAUAGUCUCUGGAAGCUUAACUGACGAACCUGAGGAAAAGUUGUCUUAUUCUAUUGAAAUGAUGCAAAUAUAACAAAGCUGUAAUCUAUAACAAUAAAACAGUAAAAAUA